AUGUCUAGUAUCAAAGAACAGGUUGUUAACGAAGUACAUAAACCUGCAAGAAAAACAUUCAGAAGAAGGCAUGUUACCGUGAAGGAAUUAAAUGAUUUGAUACAAGCUGGUUUAGUGGAAAUGAUACCUUAUGCAAAUAUUAAUAAAGGUUUUAGAUACAUACUUGUUGUCAUAAACGUAUUUAGCAAGUUUGUUUGGGCGGAAUCCGUUAUGCGAAAAACUGCAAAAGAUGUGACAAUUGCCAUGCGCAAAAUUCUGCUGCGAAUGAAAAAUAAGCCACUAAAUUGUCAAACGGAUUUAGGAAGGGAGUUCUACAAUGGUGAUUUUAAAAAGCUGAUGAUCGAGUCUAAAAUUAACCACUACAGCACUUAG